AUGAGGGGAGAGAAUUCAGAACCAACCCGCAUUCCCAUACCCGCAUUCCUCUCCAAACCAGACAAUGCCUCUGUCCCCCACUUGCCCACCACCGCAGAUCACUCUCUCCGGCCACUCCACAAGCGCCGCCGCAGCAGCAGAGACCAAACCACCACUACCGGGAAGAAGACGAAGACGAUAAAGGAAGAUCGCUGUGAUGAUGAGAAAGUAGAAGAAGAUCAUGAAGCGGGAGAAGAAGAAGACAAGGAGGAGAUAGAGAGGAAGAUAGAGGCAUUACAGAGGAUAGUUCCCGGCGGCGAGUCCUUAGGAAUGGACAAGCUGUUUGAUGAAACUGCAGAUUAUAUAAUGGCAUUGAAGUACCAAAUCAAAGGCUUAAGAGCUCUCUCAAGCUUAUUCGAGAGGUUAGAGAAGGACAAGUCCAAACUUGGAGGUUGAAAUCGAUCAUCUUCUUAAUCCCUACUUCUCGAUCAAUCUUAUAACACGACCAAUCACUUAGAUUCUUUCUUUCUUUCUUUCUUCUUAAGCUUUUUGUUGUUUCCCUAGCUUUUACUGCUGCUCUUUCAUUGGGAUCAACGAACAUCUCCCAUGCCUUCACAUUAGAUUUUGGAAAUUAAUUAAAAGCCACAGUUCUUGUUAGUUCUUACUGUGUUCUAACAACUUUGGUUCAUCACCACCGGGAUCAUAUCAGUUUGAAGAAAAGAAAUGAAUCUUAAUUAAUUAAAUGCCCAUGUUAAUUAAUGGGUUGAUAUUACUACUUUUCACAUGGCUUGUAUUUAAUUAGGAGUAACA